AUGGCUAAUGAUGCGCCAGGUCCGUCAAAAAAAAUUCGGUUUUGCGAUACUGAUUUUGAGUCUACAGGUUUAAGGUGGUUAGAUGAAAUCGAAAAUGAAAUGUUGACUGCAAUUGAGAGUGAUGAAGAUAGUGCCAGUGAAAGUAUUUAUGAACCAAGUGAACAUGACACUGAUACAGAACAGGAAGGGGAAGAAGAGGAGUUUGCCAAUACCGACGAGCAGGAAGAUUCUGAGGAUUAUGAGGAACCGGUAAACCAAGCUUCCAAAAAAUCAAGAAAUUUCUAUGGCAAAAACCGAUUCAAGUGGUCAUCUGAGAGCUUUACAUCGCGAAGCCGAACUCCAAAGCACAAUAUUGUGCUUCGUUUACCAACUCUACGAGGAUCCGCUAGUCUGUUAGGGCAUGAAGCACAACCUUUUGCAGUUUGGAACUUGCUGAUCACGGAUGAUAUGUUAAAAACUAUUUUGCAUUGGACUAAUGAGAAAAUAAAGAAACAAAGGGCCAAUCUAAAAAAUUCAUCAAGAUCAGAGCAUCAAGAUUUGGACAUUGUUGAGUUAAAAGCUUUUAUCGGCCUGUUAUUUUACAGCGCAAUUUUUGUGUCAAAUCAUGAAAAUAUAUCCAGAAUAUUUGCAACCGAUGGCACUGGACGAGAAAUAUUUCGAUGUGUGAUGAGUAAGCAGAGGUUUGCAUUUCUAUUAGCGUGCUUACGCUUUGACAAUUCUUUAGACCGAAAUAUCAGGAAACAAGAAAAUCCACUUGCUGCAAUAUCUGAACUUUUUGAUCAGUUUAUCAAAAAUUGUCAGACUCUAUAUUCUUUGGGAGUAAACUGCUGCAUUGAUGAGAUGUUGGUCUCUUUUCGAGGAAGGUGCAGGUUUAAAAUGUAUAUGCCCAAUAAGCCAUGCAAAUAUGGAAUCAAGAUCGUAUGUAUGACAGAUGCACGUACACACUAUUUUUUUAAUGGGUAUAUAUAUACUGGAAAAGACUCUGAUGGAUUUGGUUUGGAAAAACAUUUAAAAAAAUUUAAUAAACCAACGCAGUCUGUAUUGAGAUUAGUACAACCAAUAGCUGGAUCAAAUCGAAAUAUUACCGCCGAUAACUGGUUUACUUCUUUAGAACUUGUCGAGCAAUUAAAGAAUCGGAAACUUACGUAUGUCGGAACUGUUAAAAAAAAUAAAAAAGAGAUUCCCCCAGAUUUUUUACCUAAAAAGACAGAAAAGUUGGUAAGGAUGGAACUUUAUUUGGUUUUACUAAAGACGUAA